ACACGCUGUCGAGCUGCAAGAGGCAUCGCGAAUCUGCCGCAGGAGGUGGCACACGCAGGCGCUGGCCGAGGCCCCGUCGCGACGCUGCCCGCAGCCCCACACGCGACACAGCGUCCCUUCUGGGGGAGAGCUCAUGGAGCGCCACGGCACCGAGAGGGCCGCGGCGCCGCCAGAAGCCUGGAGACGCUGGCACGCUCCGCGCGCCUGCGAGGAGGAGGGAGGAGGAGGAGGAGGAGGAGGAGGAAGGAAUCGAGAUGA